UUCCCUUAAAUAUUUACAGGAAAGUCCAAUUUUAUCAAACACCACAAACUUUUAUAAAUAUUUCUUAUUUGUUUUUCCAAUCUCUCCACUAAUUUUCUUCUGUAAAUGAAAGAAAUGGAAAAAAAGGAUUCACGGGAAUUUGAAUUUACCGCCUAAAUUGCGGUAAAUCGCUCGAUCGCUGUCAGUUCGAUAAACAUAACCUCAAAAUUCUACUGUUUUGGAGAAGUUUCUUAUCAGAAAAAAAAAUCUCAGUGAAUUAAAUCGGAAAGGCGAAUGAUAUAUUGAUAUGCACUGUAAAAAAGACCAAUGUUGAAUUACAAUCGGGUCGUUAAUUUUAAAUUUUCCAGUUUGUAAUUUUACUACGGUACACGUAAUAAUUUAACACCCAUAUAGUAUUUUCACAAUUAAAAAGUAAAAUUAUUACGCUUAUCGUUGUAAAUGUGUCACGCGUUAGUAAAUGUACAUCCCGAAUGUUUAAUCAUUUCGUGAUACAUUGGAAACUUUUCGCUUCACGUAUAACGUUGUAUGUUAGCAACCCAACCGUAAAAAUAUUUUCGUGUGUUAAGUAACUUACAGCUGAUAGUUUUACCGACAGUAUGUAGAAUUAUGUAGCUGUCUGUAAGUAUACAUUCGAAUAUGAUAUUUUUUGCCCGAAUGUUUUUCUACACUGCGUGACGAUGAAGUGGCAUAUAAGAAACUAUGCGCAUAGGCAAACGUUAAUAUUUUAAUUUUAAUUUAUUAAAAUUUCGACAAUUUUAAGAAUUUAAAGAUUAAAGGAAAUUUGUAAAGAAUAUCUUCAUGGACUCUAUUGCUUAAGCAGCUCGUAUUUUUUAAAAUUAAAGUGGAAAAAGUAUUUGUUUUUCCUGUUCUGUUGGGGAAUUCGUUAACUUUGUACAAAUGACAAAAAAGCUACAAAUGUGAUUUGUAUAUUAUAAAUAUUUAAUAUAUUUAUUUAUUUCUUACAUUUUUCCUUUAUUUCCUUUUUAUAAUUUAACCUUUAUGUAAUACAAAAUAAAUAUAAAAAAAGAAUAAUUUUAAAAUGCAGCGAAAUUAUUAUGUAAAAUUACCGACGAGUGGUCGAUUUACAAUUUGAUGCGAAAUCACAUAAGAGAGGUUAUGUUACGAACGGUAAGUAAGUUAACAUUCGGCUGUAAUAGUACUACGUCAUACGUGAAGCGAAAAGUUUCCAACGUUACACGUUGUAAAUUUACAUUGGGCUUUUUUACAGUGCAUGUAUAAAGAGACUUUUACUUUAAAAAAAUAGGGGCGUGUUUAAUAAUUAUAAAGAAAACCGGGCGAAGUGAGUGUACUUAUGUUUAUAUUUGUUGUUAAACUUGAAAAGCAUACAAAAAUAGAUUGAAGUGCAAAAUAUGUGUCAAUUUCAUUUAUUGCAAUGAAAAAGGCAAGAAGAAAACAAUUGGAAUAAUUUUUGUGUGUUGAGUACCUAAUAGAAAGUAUUGUAAAAUUAUGGAUGAUUCGGUUGAAUCGCAAAAGUGGCAACAACAUUUGUCACUUUUACGUGAACAAUAUUUGACACUUUACACGGCAAAUGCGGAACUUCAACAAAAAUAUGCCGCACUUGUCGCUGUUCAGAGUGAAAAAGGAGAAUCGGGAUUUAUUGGAAGACUUCUUGCUGCUGUUGCUUCUCUUUAUUCACAACAGAAUUACAGUGAUUUAAUUGUAAAAUUGAAAGAUCGAGACGUACCAGCUCAUAAAUUCGUUCUCUGUGCUCGAAGUGAUUAUUGGUCUUCAGUUCAAGAAAAAUCAACUCUUGAUUGGAUAGAUUUGGAUUCACACGUGGGAACUGUAUUAUUAAAAUGGAUUUACACCGAUUUAGUUGAACAGGAAAAUUUAACGCUCGAAUUAAUGAAAGCGGCGUCGAAUUUUCAUUUAAAUGAACUAGUGGAGAAAUGUGAAAUUUAUUUAAUUGGAAAAGUUGAAUUGAAAGAUUGCGUUUCACUGUAUACAGUUGCCGAAGAAUUGGGAACACAAAAAUUACGCGAUCACUGCAGUUCAUUAAUUUCCGCUCAUUGGGAGGACUUAACGGGUGAGGACUUUAAGGAAAUGCCAGGAGCUCUUUUAUAUCAAUUAUUACAAACAAAAAGUAAAUAUCCAUUGCAUUCGGCGGUUCGUCUUCAGAGGGAAGACGUUGUUUUUCUUUAUCUCAUUGAAAAUAAUUCCGAGCUUCCAAAAGCAGUGAAUGUCGUGGAUCAAAAAGGUGAAACUGCAUUGGAAGUUGCAUUAAAAUCACGUCAACCAUCAUUGGCACGAACAUUAGUUGAACAUCAGGCAAAUUUAAGUUCAAAAGAUACAAAUGGCUUGACAUUAUUGCAAUCGGCGAUAUUAAAGGGCGAUUCAUAUUCAGCUGAAUUUAUUGUCGAUCAACUUGAGAAUAAUGGAAAUUUACAAAAAUUAAGUGAAACAGUGAAAAUUAAUGAUGAAAGUGAAAAGUUGGAUAAAUAUCACGAUAUUCAAGGUUGCACUGCACUUCAUUUAAUUACAAAACAUAAUUCCUCGGAUAUGAUUGCAGUUGCCAGUCGAUUACUUCAAACUGGUAUCAAUCCAAAUAUUCAGGAUAAACGCGGAUGGACCGCUUUGCACAGUUGCGUCACGGAGGAAAAUGACGCGCUCCUUGAUCUUCUUCUUGACACAAAAGAAUUGAAUUUAAAUAAAACAACAAAUGACGGCCACACAGCAUUAAGUUUUGCCCUCCUCUCAAAACCAUUCAGUAAAUUAAUAGCAGAGAAAAUUCUCGCUAAAGGUGCAAAUUCAAAUCCAAUUUACGACGAGAGUGGCGACACGUUAUUGCAUAUUUUAGCGCAUGAAAAACAAGAGAAUGCAGCACUAUUUCUCAUUGAGAAUAAUAGUGGUGAUAAAAAUUUACUUGUCACAAAUAAUGAUGGUAAUUCGAUACUUCAUGAGGCGUGUAAAAAUGGUUUGGAACAAUUGACACGUGUUUUAUUGGCCAAGGAAUUGUCGACGACAACAUUUACAAAAUUAACCGGCGAAGCGCCAAUUCAUUUGGCUGUGACGAAUUUAUAUAUUGGCGUGGUGCAAGCAUUAUUGGAGGCAAAGGACGCGCAAUUGCAAUUGAAUUUAAAGGAUAAACAGGGCGAAACACCGUUGAGUCUUGCUAUUAAGGUUUCACUGAAGAAGGCGAGGGAUAUUAUUGUUGCGCUCAUUAAAGCGGGCGCUGAUAUUAAUCAGAAAAAUGAAAAGGGAUUGACGCUAUUGCAUCAGGCUAUUUUGAAGGAGGACUCGGCGACUGCUAUUUUUUUGCUGGAAAAUGGAGCCGAUAUUAAUGCAAGAACGGAAGAAGGAGAAACGGCUUUGCAACUGUGCGUUCAUUGUCGACUUGGCGAGGUUGUCGAGGCACUUUGUGUUCGUGGUGUUGAUACGACGACGGGAUGUCCCUUAUGGGACGCUUUGGAGUCGGAUCAGGAAGACGUGGCCUCAGUUUUAGUCGCUCAUGGCGCCGACACAGAUUGCUGGGGUCCUGGACCCGACGGCUGUCAACAAACUCUUCUUCACAAAGCCAUUGACGAUAAUAAAGAAGACAUUGCACAAUUUCUCAUCAGAAGUGGCAGCGAUCUAAAUUCACCGCGACGUCCCGGUCCAAAUGGAAGCGGUGGUGAGGAAUCGCGUGACAAUUGCUCGCCAUUACAUUUAUGCUGUCAAUGGGGAUUGGAGAAAGUUGUCCAAACACUUGUUGAGCAUGGCGCAAAUGUAAAUGCACGCGAUUGCGAUGGUAAAACACCAAUGCACAUUGCAUUACAUAAUCAGCAUUCGCAAAUUAUUUUUCUACUCUUGUGCCAUCCAAAUAUUGAUCUUACAAUAAGGGACAAAAAGGGAAUGAGUCCAUUCGCAACGGCCUUAACAAUGCGCAAUAAUAAAGCGGCUGAAUCAAUUUUGGAUAAAUUGCCAACAGCCGCCGAACAAUUUGAUAAUAAGGGGAGAAAUUUUCUUCACAUGGCGAUACAGAAAGACGAUAUGGAGAGUAUUCUCUUUCUUCUCGCUAUUCAGGUGGACGUGAAUUCUAGAGUGCAGGACGUGACGCAAACUCCACCAUUGCAUCUUGCUUCGAUAUCCGGAAAUGAAAUGCUGGUGCGAAGUUUAUUGCUCGCUGGCGCUAGGAUUAAUGAUAUGGACGCUCACAGAAACACAGCAUUGCAUGCGGCAGCAAAAGCCGGCAACGCUCCCGUAAUUUCCGCCCUUUUACAGAAUAAUGUGAAUUUUGAUGCGGUGAAUGCCGAUGGUGAUAAUGCUCUGCAUGUCGCUGUGAGAGAGGGUCAUGUGGCUGUUGUAAGAGCACUUUUAACUGAAUGCACAUUAAACGCUGAGGCCGUGAAUUUGAAGGGAAGAAAUCCACUUCAUGAAUUGGCACGAUGUGGGAGAGAUAAUGCAGCGACAAUUUGCGAACUUUUUCUCGAGUGCAUGCCUAAUUAUCCCCUCAAUAAUUCAGAUUUGGAUGGAAAUACAACGUUAUUAAUUGCCUAUAUGAAAGGAAAUGGAAAUUUGUGUCGAACUCUCGUUAAAUCUGGAGCGUGCCUUGGAACAAUGAAUAAAGAUGGAAUUACGAUAUUUAAUUAUCAAGUGGCUACAAAGCAAUUGCUUCAUCGUUUACUCGAUUCGCUGACACAAGAAGCUCCAUGGGCGGAGAAAGAUCUAUGCCUGGAAUGUGGAACCAAGUUUUCCUUGACGAUGAGAAAACAUCACUGCCGCCACUGCGGACGAAUUUUGUGCAGUAAAUGCUCAGGACAAGAUGUUCCGAUCUUGAAAUUUGGACUAAAUAAACCAGUGAGAGUUUGCUCGGUAUGUUUCGAUGUCCUACAAGUUGGUGCUGAAUAAUUACGAAGACUGGUCUAUUAUUUCAUUUUAAUUAAAGUUUAUACAGCAAAUUUUAUCAUUCCAAAAAAGCAAAGUUUAUUUUAUAAGAAUACAAUAUUGUAUAUCGAUAUUUAGUAGAUAUUUUAUGCCAUAAUUAAAUAAAUAAAUAUAUAUUUAUAAUA